AAGAAUAAAUAAAAUAACGCAAGGAGGCAUAUAUCAUGGUGUCUCAUAUUGUAAUCAAUUAAUGAUCUAUCCAGCUGCUUCAACCUAAUUAAGUCAUCCUCUUUGAUGCCAUCCAUGUCUUCGAUCGUAAGCAAGAGUUAUCAAUUAAUGUUUGGGAAGGUUUAGGGGGCGAUGGCACUCACUGGUGAAGAACCCAUCUUCACUCCCGAUUUACAACCUCAUUAAGUCUCGGGUUACAAACCGGAACUAUGAACUCCAGAACUAAAGAUGUCCAUCUUUAAUCCCAAUUGAAAUAACUGGAUCUUUAGUUCUGGUUGGUAAUCAUUAGUACCGGAUGGUGUUACCAACUGGGACUUUUUUUUUUUUGCUAUUUUGCAUAUCUUGCGUCCGAUAUCCCCAACAACAAAAUAUCAUCUCCCGACACUCCAAAUCAUCCACAAUAACAUAAUCAUAACAAAUCAUCCACAACAACAUAAUCCCAAAUCAUCCACAACAACAUAAUCAUUCUCAAAUCACAGAUCAAAUGAACAAAUUAUCCUCAACAAACAAUCAUUCACAAAUUAAGAGGGAAAAAGGAAAAAAAGAAAGAAAAUAAUUCCCACGGCGACCACCACGGCCGCCAUCCGUGCCGACCGCUGCCCUCCUCGUGUGACGGCUCCACCGGCCGCCGCCGUCUGCCACUGCUAGGCACGGCCCUCCGCGCCGGUCGCCCGCGGAAGGGAGUGGAGGAGGAGGAGGAGGAGAGGGGAUAAGGAGGAUGCGCUGGAAGAGAUAAGAUCGAGGUUGGGAGAGGAGGCACACAACUCGAUUUUUUUAAUCUUGGUCCCAGUUGUUAUAACCAACCGGGACUAAAUAUGGAUCUUUAGUCCCGUUUGGUAACACACCAAUUGAGACUAAAGAUCAUCUAAGUUCCGUGGUAGUUUUAAACCGGGGCAAAAAAGAUAUUUAGUCCUGGUUAAUAUUGGAACGGGACUAAUGUGAUUUUUGGCCAACCCAUCAGUUCUCUACUCAAGAGGAUCUCCUUGUACCUUGCUAUUGCGAUCGUAUCCUGAUUCCUGAAGAGCUUGCACCUGCAGCAGCAGACAGACGCUGUGCAUCCAUGCCUCCAUGACGGCUAUGAGAGGCGAGGGUCCAACCGAUUAUCAGCGAAAAAGUUCAGGCAGAAACUAUUUUGGAAGGCUGGAGACUCGAUUUUAUAUUUAUGUUUUUCUUCGGUGGAGGAGGGCCACCAGUAGAACGAUAACAAAUGGGCGUAUGCCACGUAGCGGGAACAGGGAUGGGAACACAAAGGCACAGCCCGAGAGAGGCGUUUUUGUUGGACCAAUUUUGCACCUAUCCGAUAACAGCGAGAAAUCCGUUCGUUUUCGCAGCAAAUCGGCCAGUCUGGACUCUGGAGGCUCUCGCUCGCUCUUAUCGAUCGAUACGACCAGACCGGAGGCCAUCUCACUCCAGAGCUCGCGGGAUUUUUUGACUUGAAAAUAGCGUGAUCGCCUCUCAUGUCAUGCAGAUAUCGUGAUGCGUGAGAAGAAACCGUCUAUCCUCCUAUAAACUCUCGAGCAUGCAGUCCGUUGUGCAUUCGUGCAACGCGGUUAAGUUAGUUGUUGUUGCGAUCCAUAGAUAGAGCUAAACCCCUAACUAGUAACUACCCAGAGAGAACUGAUAAGGCCAGUGUCGAGCUAGCCAGCUGACGGCCGCCACAGUUUGCUUGAUCAAGGCUGAUCGAUCGAUCGAUGGACAUCACCGGCGCGGGCGCUAUGGGAGGAGGAUCCACGGCCGCCACCGCCGCCGCGGCGGCGGGGGCCGGGUGGAAGACGCCGGUGUCGAUGGUGCUGGUGCAGCUGUUCAUCACGGGGCAGAUCCUGCUGUCCAAGGUGUCCAUCGGCGGUGGCAUGUUGAUCUUCGUGCUGCUUGCGUACAACAGCUUCUUCGCCGUCGUCUUCCUCCUCCCCUUCGCGCUCAUCUUCGAGAGAGGCAAGUGGAGGGACAUGGAUUGGGGUGCAUUCGGAUGGAUCUUUCUCAAUGCGUUCAUUGGGUACUCUGUGCCAAUGAGCCUCUACUACUAUGGCCUCAAGGAUACCACAUCAUCCUAUUCCGUUAUCUUUCUUAAUAUAACUCCCCUGUUCACCUUCAUCCUCUCACUUAUGUUCAGGUUGGAGGCAUUCAAACUUAGAAGCAUACCUGGAGUACUGAAAAUAGCGAGCAUACUGCUUUCCAUUGGAGGGACAAUGCUUAUAAGCCUUUACAAAGGCAAGUCAUUGCAUCUCUGGGAUUCUAUCAUACAACACCAAAAUGAACACAAGUCAGCAACCAAUCAGCUAAGAGGAACAAUUCUAUUGGUUGGCAGCAGCUUCACCUUUGCUUGCUGGUUUCUUAUUCAGUCAAAGAUUCUCAAAGUGUAUCCAUACAAAUAUUGGUCGUCCAUGGUGACAUGCUUGGUUGGAGUAUUUCAAACCGCAUUGGUCGGAAUCAUAUUAAGGAGAGACAAGAGUGCAUGGGAGCUAGGAUGGAAUCUCAACCUUGUUACCAUCGUGUACACGUCUUCUAGGCACAGCAUUGGUGAUUGUCGGGCUCUACCUUUUUCUCUGGGCCAAAGCACGAGAAAUACCUAAGAAGUCAACAUAGUAUAUUCUACACAAGUCCUGGUAGCUAAACAACACAUAGGAGUUAUUUAUGUACACAAUGAGAUGUAUACAGCACAGUUAUUUAAAUGCGAAAGUAUCAUAUACUUGAGACGGAUAGCUUAUAAUGUUUGUUUAUUUGUUGUUAAUGGAUACUAUUGUAUUUCAUAACACUGUUAAAAGAAAAUAUUGUUGAUCA